AUGUUCUACGUUUUUCUCGAUGUUCAGCAGACGGGCAGCGAACACAAUCCGGCUAACCGGUUUCAGCGCGUUUCACCAGAGAAGGAAAAAGAAUGCGUGCAAAAGGGUGCGUGGUUGAAGGGUGUGUGGUUGUGGGGCGCGUGGUUGAGGGGUUGCGUGCUUGAUGGCUGUGUGGUUGAUGGUUGUGUGCUUGACGGCUCCGUGGUUGAUGGUUGUGUGCUCGAUGGCUGCGUGGUGGAUGGUUGGGUGGUUGCUGGUUCCGUGGUUGACGGGGCCGUUGUUGAUGGCUGUGUGCUUGAAGCUUGCGUCGUGGAGGGUUCAGUGGUGGAAGGUUCUGUUGUCGACGGUUGUGUGCUCGAUGGUUGCGUGGUGGAUGGUUGGGUAGUUGCUGGUUCCGUUGUUGAUGGUUGUGUGCUUGAAGCUUGUGUCGUGGAGGGUUCAGUGGUGGAAGGUUCUGUGGUUGAUGGUUGCGUGGUUGAUGGUUGUGUGCUCGAUGGCUGCGUUGUGGAUGGUUGGGUGGUUGCUGGUUCCGUGGUAGACGGCGCCGUUGUUGAUGGUUGUGUGCUUGAAGCUUGUGUCGUGGAGGGUUCAGUGGUGGAAGGCUCUGUGGUUGAUGGCUGUGUGCUUGAUGGUUGUGUGGUGGAUGGUUGGGUGGUUGCUGGUUCCGUGGUUGAUGGUUGGGUGCUUGCUGGUUCCGUGGUAGACGGCGCCGUUGUUGACGGUUGCGUGCUUGAUGGUUGCGUGGUGGAUGGUUGGGUGCUUGCUGGUUCCGUGGUGGAUGGUUGGGUACUGGAUGGUUCCGUGGUUGAUGGUUGGGUGGUUGCUGGUUCCGUGGUUGACGGGGCUGUUGUUGAUGGUUGGGUGCUUGAUGGUUCCGUUGUUGAUGGUUGUGUGGUUGCUGGUUCCGUGGUUGACGGGGCCGUUGUUGAUGGUUGGGUGCUUGAUGGUUGUGUGGUGGAUGGUUGGGUGCUUGCUGGUUCUGUAGUUGAUGGCUGCGUGCUCGAUGGCUGCGUGGUAGAAGGUUCCGUGGUGGACGGUUGCGUGCUUGACGGUUGCGUGGUGGACGGCUGGGUGGUUGAUGGUUCCGUGCUUGAUGGCUCAGUGGUUGAUGUGCUUGCCGGUUCCGUUGUGGAUGGUUCGGUGGUUGAUGGCUGUGUGCUCGAUGGCUGCGUGGUGGAAGGCUCCGUCGUGGAAGGUUCCGUGGUUGAUGGCUCCGUUGUUGAGGGUUGCGUGCUUGAGGGUUGCGUCGUGGAAGCUUGCGUCGUGGAAGGUUCAGUGGUGGAAGGUUCUGUGGUUGAUGGUUGUGUGCUCGAUGGCUGCGUGGUGGAUGGUUGGGUAGUUGCUGGUUCUGUGGUGGAUGGUUGGGUGCUUGCUGGUUCCGUGGUAGACGGCGCCGUUGUUGACGGUUGCGUGCUUGAUGGUUGCGUGGUGGAUGGUUGGGUGCUUGCCGGUUCCGUGGUUGACGGUUCCGUGGUUGACGGUUCCGUGCUUGAUGGUUGCGUGGUGGACGGUUCAGUGGUUGAUGGUUCGGUGGUUGAUGGCUGCGUAGAUGAUGAUUGCGUAGUUGAUGGCUCUGUCGUGGCCGGCUCUGUAGUGGACGGCUGCGUACUUGAUGACUGCGUACUUCCUUGA